AUGCCCUCCCAGGCUUAUAAUUAUAAUAUCAAUAAAUAUUCAGUUUAUAAAUCAGACACAAACUCAUGGUAUCACUAUCCACAAAGGACUAAUUUAUCAGUAACAUUUGUCUAUAAUGGUGAUCAGGCUGAUCAAAUUGAUGUUAUUGUUCAUUGGAAAGGCUCAAAUUUGGAUAAUUUUAAUCUUUUCAAUACCAAUAAAUGUAAAACAACGGUAUUGUGUAGAAAACCUUGCAUUGGGGUUAAGCAAGUGAAUAAUAAUGGAAUAGUUUUCAAACGAUUCCAAAUCAGCUUGAUCAAUGAGGUGACAAGCAAUUUUGACACAUGCUGUACUAUGUUGAGAGGAUUUAAUUUUCAAAUAAAGAUCAAGGAUAACAUGAAUGAAACCAAAGCUCAAUCUCAACAAAAUAAUGGUAACAUACAAUCAAAUGACUCACAAAUCGUUCAACCAAUCCAAUCCAUUUCUGAUACACAAAUGUACCCAUUGAUACAACCUGCAUCCCAAAUUCCAAUUCAAUUACCAUCACAAAAUAUGGCAUCAUGUUUUUCCUCUUUCUCAACACAACCACUGCAACCACCAUCACAGAUUAUUGAGCCACAAAUUUAUCAAUUAUUUUCUCAACCAGGUCAUGUUAUGCACCAAGGCAAAAUUCCUGAAACUACUAAUAAAGUUGUAUCUACCAAUUUGACAAUUGAUGCAACGACGCAAACCUUACCAAGAAAAUUACAAUCUGUUUUUCUAGAUGAUAUAAAUGAAUUGAAAAAAAUUAGUAAUUCUUCUUUAAGAUCAGUUAUCAAAACCCUGUUACAACGGAAAGAUUUUUUAGAUUUGAUAGAUCGAUUAGAUAAAAUAAUUACUGAUAUUUGA